UGGUUUGUCGUAAGUUGUACCGUGAAAGUGUUUAACUUUCUGUUUCAUCGCCAAAUCGAAUAAAGCAUAAAAAUAAAGCUUAAAGAUUUUCAUCAUAUGCAGUUAGAAUUGAAGAAAUCCUUUAACAGAACGGCGUAGUGUCCACGAGAAUAUAAUCUAUCCCGCCUUCUAUUCACUGUCAAAUACGCCGCACAAACUCCUCUCUUCCACACUGCCUCACAGUCACUCUCCUUUCAAGUUUCAACAGAAAACCCUAUAAAAUCGCCAUUCAGGAAAACCUAUUCAAACCUGCCGUAUUAUCCAUUUUCAUCCAUUUUUUCUAGAAGCCAAACGAGCUUCAAGAUAGUCUGCAGACAUGUUUCUGUGCGUUCCUCAUUACACCUCGAUCAUAUUUCCUCAACUUAACGAUGGCAGAAAGGUCUUGAGGUUUGGUUCUUAUCAACGGGGGGGUUUUAGGAUAUUGGCAAUGUCGUCAAGUGUGAGUGAAGCUUCAAAUUACAUAACAGCGGCUCCAAUAUUUCUUCCUGAUGGACCUUGGAAGCAGAUUCCUGGGGGAGUUACUGCUGCAAAGGGAUUCAAAGCUGCAGGCUUGUAUGGUGGACUACGGGCAAAAGGAGAGAAGCCUGAUCUUGCACUAGUUGCUUGUGAUGUAGAUGCCAUAUCUGCAGGAGCAUUUACUACAAAUGUGGUUGCAGCUGCGCCGGUGGUAUACUGCAAAAAUGCAUUGGAUAUGUCAAAAACAGCGCGUGCAGUGUUAAUAAAUGCUGGUCAAGCCAAUGCAGCAACGGGUGAUGCAGGUUACCAGGAUGUGAUAGAAUGUGCAAAUGCCCUGGCUAAGCUACUGCAAAUGAGGCCAGAGGAAGUGUUGAUCGAAUCUACUGGUGUCAUUGGUCAUAGAAUAAAGAAGGACGCUCUUCUUAAUUCCCUUCCAAAGCUUGUUAGUUCACUAUCAUCGUCAACUGAGGGGGCAGAUUCUGCAGCAGUAGCUAUUACAACAACCGACUUAGUGAGCAAGAGUGUGGCAAUUGAAUCUGAGGUUGGGGGGACAAAUAUUAGAGUUGGGGGAAUGGCAAAGGGUUCUGGGAUGAUCCAUCCAAAUAUGGCUACCAUGCUUGGUGUCGUAACAACUGAUGCCUUGGUUGCAAGUGAUGUUUGGAGAAAGAUGGUGCAGAUUGCCGUAAACCGGAGUUUCAACCAAAUUACUGUAGAUGGAGAUACUAGUACCAAUGAUACUGUCAUUGCUUUAGCUAGUGGGCUAUCUGGGUCAACCAGGAUAUCAUCUUUGAUCAGUCAUGAGGCAAUACAACUUCAAGCAUGCCUUGAUGCAGUAAUGCAGGGUCUUGCAAAAUCAAUAGCAUGGGAUGGAGAAGGAGCAACAUGCCUAAUUGAGGUCUCAGUAAAUGGUGCAGAAAAUGAGGCUGAUGCAGCAAAGGUUGCACGAUCAGUGGCAUCUUCUUCACUUGCCAAGGCUGCAGUGUACGGUCGAGAUCCAAAUUGGGGGCGCAUUGCUUGUGCUGCUGGCUAUGCAGGGAUCCCUUUCCAACCCAACAAGCUCCGUAUAUCACUUGGAGAAAUUCUGCUUAUGGAGGGUGGACAACCGCUUCCAUUUGACAGGGCUGCGGCUAGUAAUUAUCUCAAGAAGGCUGGUGAGACCCAUGGUACAGUUGGAAUUCACAUCUCUAUUGGUGAUGGGGCAGGGCGCGGGCAGGCAUGGGGAUGUGAUUUAAGUUAUGACUACGUGAAGAUAAAUGCCGAGUACACGACAUAGAAUGAUUUUUCCCUCUAUAUCAAAUUCUCUUGUUGCUACUUUUUCAGUUAUUUAUGCGUCAGCGUCAAGACUGUCCUUGAAAAAUCAAUAUGAUAAUCCUGCAGUACGCUAAACUUUUUAACUUUCGCUGCAGUAUUUAAAAAAAUGUAACACUAAUUCUAACAAACGUAUGGACGAAGGAUUCGACUGGGGAGAAGCAUGAAAGUAGCCGGGUUUUUCUUGUUAACCUACUGAGCUAGGCUGAAGAUAAGUGUCAGAACCAUCCAACUUGUUCGAUUUAUUAUGGUAAUUGAUCAAAUUUAUUUUGCA